UUAUGCUCACAGGAAUAAACCACAGCCUUGCCAGGUUGAGCUGAGGUUUUGGGUUCGAUCCCCAUGAGGUGCAUAGAUUUUUGGAAGUUUAACACCCAAAGUGCAGAAUUAGAUUACCGAACAAAAAUUAUUGUCCCAGGUCAAAUGGCUCACUGGGAUAAAACACUGCCUUGAAGACUGGAGGUUGUGGGUUCAAUCUUCUUUAUUUGCACUGGUUUUCAGGUAAAACAUCCAAAACUGCUGUUUAGGACUCAUUCCUGCACCACUCUGUUGUACCGUGUCUAAUUAAAUGUAUGAUAGCUGCAGUUAAAGCUCCUUGACCCCAGUGCAGGCAAAAGGAGGGUCAGACCGUGUCUCUGGACCACAAGCCCGAGUCGGUGGUGUGUGUGGAGGGAACACACACCUUCACCCUCAUCAACUUCCUCAUCAACUGCAAGAGUCUGGUGGCUGCGGUGGGCCCCCAGGCCGGGUUACCCCCCACGCUUCUAGCCCCGAACGCUUUCAGAGGAGCCACCAUGCACACACUGAAGGCCCGCAGUGUGAAUGUAAAGAGCCAGAUUGGGGGUUCCUACCAGGACAUCAGCAGUCUGGAGAUCACAGGACCUAUCCUCCCCUCGUCUCUCCACACAAUCACCAACCUCCUCCGGCCGGCACAGAAGGGAAACUUCUCCUCUGCUCUCUACACACACACUCCUACCGCUGUCAUGAACACACACACCACGGAGCAGCAGAGCUCUGCCGGCUCCUCGGACCUGUCUGCCUGUGGCCUGCACCCUGCCUCCAUCCAUCAGCUGAUGCAGCCCUCCACCCUGGGAAAGACUGCUCUGAGCCACAUCAGCAUGAUCAACUACAGCUACACGAGCUGAUGGAGGAGUGAUGGAGCCAUCAGCUGUGAGAGGGGGGAGCACUGCUGUUCGAUCUGCUUCACCUUCUCUUUACGGACACAUCAAAACAACUGUUUCUGUCCAUACACAUUGUAUUGUAUUUUAAUAUCUAUAUAUGUCUGGCAUGUAUUGUGAAUGUGUUUUUAAUGUUGAUCAAUUUAUUUUU